GGCGGCGGCGGCUGCAGCAGCGAAAUGGCGGAGACCGUGGCGGACACCCGGCGGCUGAUCACCAAGCCGCAGAACCUGAAUGACGCCUAUGGGCCUCCCAGCAACUUCCUCGAGAUCGAUGUGAGCAACCCGCAGACAGUGGGGGUCGGCCGGGGCCGCUUCACCACCUACGAGAUCAGGGUCAAGACAAAUCUGCCUAUUUUCAAGCUGAAGGAAUCUACCGUUAGAAGAAGAUACAGUGACUUUGAAUGGCUGCGAAGUGAACUAGAAAGAGAGAGCAAGGUAAGAAUUAUUUGUAAUGUUACUUUAAAGCAAAACAUUCCAAAUUUUAAUGUUUAAGACCUCUCAGGAAAA